CUACCCCAAAAGCGCGCCUUUUAUAUCCAUCGCACACCACAUCGCAUCGCACGACACCAGCGUCUUUCUCCGUCGGAGAGCUAUCUCGUCGAGACCAGCAGAAAGAAAGAGCACGCCACGGCACAGUAGCUGCCCGGCCGGGUGUGCAAUUUCGUAGGAGAACAGAGAGGCAGUACGGAGUGAUGGAAGGGGCCAGCAAGGACGGCGGCGGCAAGGCCGGGGCGGAGCGGUCGAGGUUCAGGCGGGUGUGCGUGUUCUGCGGGAGCAGCUCGGGCAAGCGGAGCAGCUACCGGGACGCCGCCGUCGAGCUCGGCGAGGAGCUGGUGGCGAGGAAGGUGGAUUUGGUGUACGGAGGGGGCAGCCUGGGGCUCAUGGGGGAGGUCUCCGAGGCCGUGCACAAGGGCGGCGGCCAUGUCAUUGGCGUGAUACCGACCACUCUAAUGGGCAAGGAGAUCACCGGGGAGACGGUGGGCGAGGUGCGGGCCGUGGCGGGCAUGCACCAGCGCAAGGCCGAGAUGGCGCGCAACUCCGACGCCUUCAUCGCGCUCCCCGGUGGGUACGGGACGCUGGACGAGCUCCUGGAGGUGAUCGCGUGGGCCCAGCUCGGCAUCCACAGCAAACCGGUGGGCCUGCUGAACGUGGACGGGUACUACAACUUCCUGCUGGCCUUCAUCGACAAGGCGGUGGACGACGGGUUCAUCAAGCCCGCCCAGCGCCACAUCUUCGUCAGCGCCCCCGACGCCAGCGGCCUCGUCCAGAAGCUCGAGGAGUACGAGGCGGUGCAGGACGAGGACCCUGCGACGCCCAAGCUGCGGUGGGAGAUCGAGCAGGUCGGCUACAACGCCUCGCUCCAGGCUGAAAUCGCUCGCUGAUCACGUACCGGUUGGAUCGAUCGAUAUGAUCCAUACAGUAGCAUGAUCACCCUAGCUGGCGAGUUGACAAAAUCAAGGGGCAUGAAAGGAUGAGCAAAACGCACGGGAGGUUUUGCUUUUUGGAUGUGCGUUUUGCUCCUAGCAGCUUGUCCUGCAUGCCCACGACCAUGCAUGCAUGGAUAAGCCGUUUGUGCUCCACGCGUCUUAUUUAGUACCUAUUUCACCCUGAUGAAGGGUUAACUAGUGAUCGCCGCCCCUGAUGAUGUAUUGGGCACAGGUCCUGUAUCUAUUUUGGUGUAGAACCGCAUGCAGUAAACUGGUAAUACUAUAUAAUUAGCCACUGCUCGAGCCGCAAGUUAAUCGGAGUACGUACGUUCAUCA